AUGUGGCAGAGAUAUCUCGAUUUUUCAAAAGAUAUAAUAAAGAUCUUUUGCAUUCUACCGUGUAAGGGGAAAAAAAGUUCUUCAUAUACUCGUGCCCUGUCGAAUUACAAGGGUGAUAGGUUUGCAGUGUUGCAACAACGCAUAAGUACAAGAGAGAUUAAGAUUUGGGUGACAGAGAAGAGAAUUGGCAACGGGGAUGAUGGAGACAAUGUGGUGUGGAUUAAGUUCAUGAAUGUCUCGAGACCUAACUUCCCCUUGGUACUUGAUCACAUGUCUGUAAGUUACUUCGUGGAUCAUAACAUCUAUGGAAAGAGCUUCGUUCUGUGUUGUUAUAGCAAGAGACCUAAACAAGCUUGGGUCUAUGUUGUUAGGGGAGAUAUGUGCAAAAAGAUUAAGAUAGAUGGAGUGUCAUGUCGGUUUCAGUCCGAAGUCUAUAUUCCCAGUUUGAUCACCAUUUCGACAUUCGCCGAAGAUAGUGAACAUGAUGAACUUUUACAAGUUUGA